AAGGGAGGGUCCUGGGUAGAUGGGAUGAAUAAAGCAGGAGUCAUAUGCUUCACAGCACUUCCAGUCUCUUCUUGCCUUAUCCUGCACUGCAAAGGAGAAAUGGCUACACAAGACAGAUGAUUUGAUGGUGGCUCUCAAUUUUUAUUUUCUAUUAAAAAACUUACAUAUGCUUUUCCCACAGAUUCUAAAGCAAACCAUAAAGAAAAUCACAGUAGUUUCAAGUUUUAGAGAGUAAGAAAACAGGAAAAGAGAGGCCUUUUAGGCUUUUUUUAUUACAAAAAAAAAUACCUUGUGCAUUAUCAGUGUAUUAGGUGGAUUAGCAGAUAUCAACACCAUUUAUGAGUAUGAAUAUAGUGUUAGGUUGUCUAUCCACUGGACUCCCCACACUUAUGGGGUUACUUCUGCUGUGGUAUCCCUCGUUGGUUACAAGUCAGAAUGACACUGAGCCGAUUGUACUGGAAGGUAAAUGUUUAGUGGUCUGUGACUCAACACCAUCUUCAGAACCAGCUAAUAAUGCACUGGGGAUGUCAGUACGCUCAGGCACUGGCCGAGUGGCCUUCUCUGCCACUCGCCAAACUAACCAUGAACCUACAGAUAUGAGCAAUCGUACUAUGAUUAUCUACUUUGAUCAGUCUUCUUUACAGAUUUUGGUGAAUGUUGGUGGGCAUUUUGACCAGGAGAGUAGUGUCUUCUUGGCUCCAAGGAGAGGGGUGUACAGCUUUAACUUCCACGUAGUGAAAGCUUACAACAGGCAAACCAUACAGGUUAGCUUAAUGCUAAAUGGAUGGCCAAUGAUUUCUGCCUUUGCUGGUGACCAGGAUGUAACCAGAGAGGCAGCCACUAAUGCUGGAUUGGUGAUAAUGGAAAGAGGUGACAAGGCCUACCUUAAACUGGAGCGGGGCAAUUUAAUGGGGGGCUGGAAAUAUUCCACUUUCUCAGGCUUUCUUGUCUUCCCUCUGUAAAAUUAGUACACAUAUGAAACCAGAAGAGAACUCAUUUAAAGUAACCGGGGGGGGGGGGGGGUGUAAAUUAUGUAAUUAUGUCCAAACAAGCAAGACUAGUCUAAAAAUAUAAUAAUAAUUUAUCAGAUGAAUUGUAAGCAAAAUUAAUCUGAUGAUUUUUAGCAGAGGUUACGUAAACAAGAUCAUUAAAUAUAAAUAAGAAAUAGGGAAUUUAAAUCACUAAAUGUUUUAACUACCCUGUUUUUAAGUAAAAUUGUUGUUAUAGAAUUUCAUAUGACUUCUACAUUAGUGAAUCUGGCUACACUACAAUUUUUAAACCUGCCCAUUCCCAGUACCCACUGUCAGCCUAUAGCUUUGAUAUCUGUCCCAGUAUUUUCCAGUGUUUUAUUUGGGUUACUUCAUAAUAAUUGCAAGGUUGUGGUUGACAAUUUUACACAUGACAGUCAUGCCUCAUGAAAGCAGAUACACUUUCCAUCAUGCACCUGGAGCUCUUGACAGUUAUGUAGUAAAACCAUGUUUUGUUUUUUUUGAUGUAAAAUGUAACAGACCCUCAGAGAUUAGUUCUAUGCAUGAACCAAGGCAGCUAAAAUUAUCUAAAGGUUAUAAUAAUUUACCAUUGACUAUAUGACUUUAGCUAACCCUGAGUGUAGUUUAGUAAUAUUGGCCAGUUCUUUUUAAAAAGAUUCCACCUACAGAACAAGCAGAGAGAAAAGAGUGCACUUCACUAUUAUGAUAAAGGUCAGGGAGAAUAAUAUGUUGUGUUACAGUAAGUGUUAGAAAUGCUGACUACUGUUUUACCAGUUUAUUUUUAUUUAGUAUCUCAAAGCUAAAAUAUUUUACUGUCAAUAGGUAAAAGCAAUAUAUGUAUGCAAAUUAUCUAAAUGAAAUUAAUAAUGUUGUUCAUUCCACGUUGAGAUUUUGUGUAAGUAUUUAAGUAUCAUUUUAGUAAUAGUAACCUAGUAUUGUUCUAAAUAUCACUUCAGGUACAUGUAUUCCUGAACUGAACUAUGUUUAACUUGUGCAUACAUUUCAAUCAGAAAUUACGUUUUUAAUAUAUAUUUACCACCAAAAGUGAAAAUGCAAACACUGCAAUUUCAUUCUAUCCAAAUUCCACUUAAAGAUGCCUGACCUAUCUCUAAAAACCAAAAUCCAAUUAUAGACAAUAAAACUGUUGCCUAAUUAGAUUUAUUGCUUUGUUUAUCAGUAUCCUCCAUAUCAGUCUUGGCAUCAUCAUGUGAUAUUUAAAGUAUUGGGACCUUAUCAUCUCCUUACUUAUCUGUGAUUAAGUCACUCUGUUCAUUUGCCUAAAUCUCUAUUUCCUUCUAUUUUGGUCACUUUCACUGGUGGAAUGAAUAAGUGAAUGUAAACAGACACAUAAUGUGCAAUAAGCAAUAAAAUCACUAGAUUAUUUAUCAUGAAAAUGUAUAAAACGUCACUAGUUAGUUAAUGAAACAAGCUUAAUUUACCAUAUUUAACUAGCUUUGUAUAUAAUUUAUCAAUCAAAUUUA